UUUUUUUUCGUUGCAGUUAAUGGGAAUAGAUAUUGAUCCAAUAUAUGGUGGCACUGGCUCAUCAUUCUUUGUUGCUAACCUGGUGAUAGAAGAACUGGCUAAAGUUGAUCCAGCAGUUAGUGCUAUGGUGGAUGUACACAACACGGUUGUCAAUGCUGUAUUUCGAAGUCAUGCUUCCCCAGCUCACAAAGAAAAGUACUUGCCUCGAUUGACAAGUGAUACGGUUGGAAGUUUCUGUUUAUCAGAACCAGGAGCUGGUUCCGAUGCUUUUGCUUUGAAAACAUCAGCUGUGAAACAAGGCGACUACUAUAUUAUUAAUGGCAGUAAGAUGUGGAUUACGAAUGCUGAACAUGCUGGUGUGUUUUUAGUGAUGGCAAAUGUCAAUCCUGAAGCAGGUUAUCGAGGUAUCACAUGCUUUAUAGUUGAAAAAGACACUGAAGGGUUAACAGUGGCCAAAAAAGAAGACAAAUUAGGAAUCCGAGCAUCCAGCACUUGUAUGGUUCAUUUUGAUAAUGUAAAGGUACCAGAAGAAAACAUACUUGGAACUAUUGGCCAUGGUUAUAAAUAUGCUAUAGGUAUUCUUAAUGAAGGAAGAAUUGCCAUUGGAUCUCAGAUGAUUGGUCUGGCAACUGGUUGUCUAGCUCACACUAUUGAUUAUGUUAUGCAACGAAAGCAAUUUGGACAAAGUAUAUGGAAUUUCCAGUCCAUGCAGCACCAAAUAUCCCGCGUUGCUAUGCAGAUUGAAGCUGCUCGACUCCUUGUUUACAAUGCUGCCAGAAUGAAGGAAGCUGGUCUCCCUAUUAUGAAGGAAGCAGCUAUGGCAAAGUUGUUUGCAUCUGAGGCAGCAACAGAAACUACAUCAAAGUGUAUAGAGUGGAUGGGUGGAGUUGGUUUUACAAAAGACUACCCUAUUGAAAAAUAUUUCAGAGAUUGCAAAAUUGGUACUAUUUAUGAAGGAACGUCAAAUAUUCAACUGAACACUAUAGCCAAAUGCCUUGCAACUGAAUACCAAUCGUAAGAACCAAGAAACUUUCUUUAGUUCAAUCUCACCAAGAAACUGCAGUUUUUGAAUCAACUAUUUUCUCUCACUUGAGUUACACCACUUGGUUUUAAUUUAGAAACUAUAUGUCUACAACGAUAAAACAGAAAUGGGUUGUAACCAUUAAAAAAAAACAAUCUAUUUAAAUCUACACAUCUCAAAAGAAGUCUCUUGUGGAAGUGAGAAACAAACCAGUUUGUUAAAUUAUAAAUGAGACUAGUAAUGAUGUUUCUUCAGUGGUUGCUACUUGUUCACUGUUACAUAUUGUAGAGCAUUGAACCUCAUAGUUUUGUUCCUAGGUGUUCUGAGUUCAAACCUUGCAGCCUUCUGUGUAGCAGUAACAUGCCAGAUCAAAAAUAUAUAAAAAAGUAUAUAUCAGAUCCCUGUAAAAAAAUUCACUUAUGUUUAAUAAUGGUAUAUUUACAGGUUAGGUGGAAGAAACUGCAAAAUGUUAAGACUAAGAUAUUUAUUAUUUAAUGUUUUGAACUCAAUUCCAGCUGAAAUUAAUGUUAACUUUCAUCUCUCCUACUCCGAGUCUUUGAAGCAAUUUAAUAAUAUGCUGCAGUCAGUUCCUACUAAAAAACUAGACCUGUGAUGAAUCAAAUUCAAUCAAUGCAAUAUAAAUUAGAAUUUCUUAAUUCCAAUUGAUAGGAAAAUAAAGUUGUGUACGUUUGUUACUCUUGAAUAUAUAUAUUUUUUGCAAUUACCACAAGAAUGGUCAGCCUUGUAAAAUAAAUAAAAUUUACUCCAACAACAUUA